AUGUUAAUAAGAGAAUUUGGCAGUUUUGCUAAAAGAUCCGAUGUGAACGCAAAAAGCGUGGACGAACAAACGCCUUUAAAUUACCUUACUGAAGAAAUAUCCGACGAAAAUUUUCUCAAAGUCUUCCCGUGUAUCAAACUGCUGCUUCAACAUGGUGCUAGUAACAAUUUGCCUGACGGACUCGAACUAACUCCAAUUAAGAAUAUUGUUGAUAAUCGGAAAUUGAACGUAGCCAAUAAAGAAACGAUCAUCCGAUAUUUUGGAUUGCCAAAUAAUCCUCAGAUCAAUGAACAGUGGGAUUUUAUUCGUCUCUUCUUUUCGCUGAAGAAUAAAAAAGAAGACGAAUUUCUCGAAGGAUUAGCGCAAGCUGAGACAAAUCCAAAAUUACUGCUAGAAUUAUUUACUGCUGCCGUGGGCAUAGAAACGUUAUUGAUUGUUGCUAUCCGUGAAGAUUUGAUAAUGGCGCUAGAAAAAAUGAUUCAAUUAAGAGAUGAUAUAAGUUUUCACGGUAAUAAUCGGGGAUUUGGUAUGUCGCCAAUAUGUUAUGCAUGCUCUUAUGGUUACUGGAAAUCGCUGGAAAUAUUAUUAAAAUCUCCAAGAUUUGAUGUGAAUUCAGUACCAUUGUUAUACAUUGUUCUACGAAAUUUUGGUAACAAAAUAGCAGAGAGCGUUGAUUAUGAAAAAUGUUUUGAAAUACCAAUGAAUCAUCCAAAUAUUGAUGUUAAUCUACACGGUGGGAACGUUCUUGAUCUCGCUGCUAUGUCCAAUAAUUCGAAACCAAUACUUGAGCUAUUGAAACGAGGAGCCUAUAUUGGAGAGAGAAAUGAAUUGAAAGAAUUGUCGAUCUCUUAUAUUGGUGCAAAUCUACUUGAGAACCAUUUCGACAGUUGCAUCACAACCAAUGGAUUUCGAACGAGUAAAGAUAAUUUUGCAAUUGAAUUCAACUUUAAAAAUUUAGUCGCACCGCACACUUCAAAAACACUAAACAUUGAGGAUAUAAUGAGUACGAUUGGAUUCAUUUCGAAAUCGAAUGAACUCAAGCAUUUGACAAUGCAUCCGCUUAUAGCCAGUUACCUGUCCUUGAAAUGGAAUCGUCUGGCACCGUUCUUUUACAUCAAUUUUUUCCUCUGUAUAUUGUUUGCUACGAUCACGGUUUUAUACCUUUUAUUGUAUUACAACUGUCAUGAACAAAAUUCCAUGAUGCGUUUGUUUAUGUUUGUGUUAACCUUUUAUAUCGCUGCCCGAGAAGUGUAUCAAUUCACAUUAUCCCCGUGCAUCCACUUGAAGAGUUUAGACAGUUAUUUGGAGUGCACCUUGGUUGUACUGGUCAUGCUGAUUUCGUUUGAUGUUUGUCCGUACACUUGGCGUCGUACUUUUGCAGCUGCAUCCAUUUUGCUGAUUGCGAUUGAGAUCUUCCUUUUGGCUGGGUCGCUGCCAUUCUGGUCUUUUUACACUCAUUAUGUCAUGCUGAGAACAGUUACUUGGAGUUUUUUGAAGAGUUUCUCACUAUAUGCCAUCAUUCUGUUGGCAUUUUCUCUCUCGUUCUUCACAUUGUUACAUGAGCCUUUGGAAGAGAGUACGAAAGGAGAAACGAAUGAUGACAAAGCUGAUGGAGAUUUCAAUACAUUCCCAAAUAUUAAGCUAUCAAUUAUGAAGACGUUGGUGAUGUCCACGGGUGAAUUCGACGCAGACAGUAUCAAUUUCAAUCGAAAUAACUUUAGCUAUGUCGUUUUCGUGUUAUUUGUAUUCACUGUUACAAUUGUCCUUUUCAAUUUGCUGAAUGGCUUAGCCGUGAGCGAUAUACAGACAAUUAAAUCGGAGGCUGAAUUAACGAAUUUUAUAAGACGUGCACAAGUUUUGGCUCGCUAUGAAAGAGUACUGGCUACCAG